CUGUUCAGGUAACAAUAAGGAAACCAGAAACCCGCUGCGACGCUAAAACAACUUGAGAAAACAUUGUUUAUUUCAUUUUAACUAGCAUAUUAUGCCUAAAAGACCAAAUCCAUUUGGAGAUGCCUCUCCACUCCAAAUGAAGACUCAUGUCGGAACGAAGGAAAUAAAUCUGAUGGGCUUGGACGGAGACAAGAACAUGAAAACUGUUUAUGAAAAGACCAAACAGCUAUUGUUUACAGGAGCUCAGAAACAAUUGGAUGAUAUCAAUAUAGAUGCUAACGAUAACUGUGCUUCGAUCCCAAACCAAAAUGUUUCAGGACAAAUGUGUUUAGACAAUACAGGACAUAUAGUUGCCCCAUCAGUACCCUCUGUACAGCCUCCCACACCAACUGAUGAUGAUAAUGAUGAGGAUGGUAUGGAUGUUGAUGGAGUUCUUGUUGAUACAAACUCAAAUAAGAAAAUAUCAGAUUUUUUCACUGUCAAAAAUAUUGCCGAACAAAGACAAAAAGAUAUUCCACAGAAACCAUCAUUAUGAUAGAAGAAAUACCACCAAAGAAAUGAACAGUGACUAGGUUCAACAAACAGACACAAGUCAAGCUGCUAGAUGAUUUGACAUACAAUUUGUUGGAAAAGAUGGACAAGCAUUUUAUAGUUUUGUAUCGUUAAUUUUUUAUAGUACUGUCAUCAAUCUCUUUGCUGUGCAAUGCAUUUAUUUAUUAGCAUUCAUCUGAGGGAAGGGUUUAUUAUAGAUAUAAUACAACAAAAAUUAUAAAAUCAUGUAAGAAAGAUGGUAGAAAGAUAUUUUUGCAUUAUACCACUUGAUAAUCCAACUGCUAUUGUGGAGCAUCAAAUAAAAGGUAUUGAUUAUUGCCAAAUUUAAGCUGAACAUUUUUUUUUGUCAGAAAUUGCUAUAUUGUUAGAAUUGAAUAUUAUUAGCUAUUAUAUGGUUGUUCUUUUUCAAAUUACUGUUAACAAUAAUCUGAAUGAUAAGUCUGCUUUAACACCAAUUUUAAUGACUUGAUAAUGUUUAAAU